AUGGAUCGAUUACUAGCGCGUUUUUCUAACUCUCGGCCUCCUUGCAUCCCUUCAGCACUGCCAUACUUGUCUCAACCAAUACCCGGCCAGUUAGAACAUGAUACCGAUCAUGAUUAUCAUCAGUGGUCAUUCGAGGAGAACAAAAUCUUUGAAAAGGCAUUAGUAGAGUUUGAUUUUCCUUCUCCAGACCUUUUUGAAAAGAUUGCAACAAGGAUCCCCAGAAAAACUUUACCGCAAAUCAAGCAGCACUUCGAAGCGUUGCUAAAAGAUAUUCAGAUGAUUGAGUCUGGUCUCGUCCCAGUACCUGACUAUGACGGUGACACUGACAACACUACGACGUCUGACAACAUAUCAGCUCCCACCAUCGAUAAUAAAUUCCAGCAUGCAAAACGAAAAAAGGGGAAGCCGUGGUCUGAGAGGGAACAUGAGUUGUUCCUCCAAGGUUUGGAGAAGUUUGGCAAGGGAGAUUGGAGGAGCAUUUCAAGGCAUUGUGUGGUGACAAAGAACCCGACCCAAGUUGCAAGUCAUGCCCAGAAAUACUUUCUCCGCCUUCAGAACUCAGCUGCCCAACAAAAUGUAGGAUCCACCACGAGAUAG